AUGUAUGGCGCUAUAAGACUCAUCAGUGAGUUCUUCAAGCCUCAUGUCAAGAGCACAAUCCCGGCCAAACGAUCGUCUCUCUCGAUCGAAGAAGAGCCACAGGAGGUAGCACACUCGCGCAGAGAUGGCUCAGACACAACCACUCAAAAAGCGGCAAAGAAGACUACCGAUGGAUGUCUAAUAGAGGCGCCUUCUUCCUCCGUGCCAUCGCCCCGGUGGAUCCGGACAACUCCUCCUUCGACGGACAAAAAAGCUCCCAUACUGGGUGCACAUACCCAAGAGGAUGAAACCUGGAGGAAUCAGGGCAAUUAUAUCUCCUUCAGCGAUCUGUCCAGUUUGUCGCGCUCCGUCGUCAAGGACGGCGAAUUGAUCGAGAUCCUUACCUCCGAUUCCGAUGAUGAGGGCUCAUCGGGGUCACUCGGGGAUUUAUCGUGGAGGGACAGGGAUUCGGGACUUCAGAGUAUUCCAAAGUCGUCUACCUUCAAGAAGGAGACCAAGGUCAAGGCCGAGCACUCGUGGAAGGCCCUUGUCUUUAUGGCGAACAAAAUGUUCAACACCCAGUACGACUUCGUGGGCAUAGACAGAAUAAAGGCUCUGGGUCAGCGGGCAAAGGAGCUCCAUUCCGACAUCAGCACAUUGACGGCCGAUCAUUUCAGCGACGAAGAAAGGGAGAGCAGUAAUGCUAUCGAGGUAGAGUGUUGUCAAGGAUGCCUUAUUGAAGACAGGCAGUACUCAGCGAUAGAUACAGAAGGUCCGCAAAAGUGA